AUGGCUGCCAACGGCGACUUCUCUGACGACGAGUCCCAGCCUGGAUCCCCCAUGCUCGAUGCGAACGGUCACGAUGACAUCGAAGAGCAAGAGCCCCUCGACCAGGAGUCCAAGCCUCUGAAGUCUGCGAUGAAGAAGGCGGUUCCUCCUCCCCAGCCCAAGCGGCCAGAGCUGCCCGAGCAGCCGAAUCCGGAGACUCUGGACCUGUCCACGCUGACUCCUUUGACCCCCGAAAUUAUUGCGCGCCAAGCCACAAUCAACAUUGGCACCAUCGGUCACGUCGCUCACGGCAAGUCGACGGUCGUUAAGGCUAUCUCCGAGGUCCAGACUGUCCGUUUCAAGAACGAGCUGGAGCGAAACAUUACGAUCAAGCUGGGUUAUGCCAACGCGAAGAUCUACAAGUGCGACAACCCCGAGUGCCCUAGGCCGACAUGCUUCAAGAGCUUCAAGAGUGAGAAGGAAGUCGACCCGCCUUGUGAGAGGGAUGGCUGCAGUGGCCGCUACAGACUGUUGAGACAUGUGUCUUUCGUCGACUGCCCCGGUCACGAUAUUCUGAUGAGUACUAUGUUGUCUGGUGCCGCCGUCAUGGACGCUGCCCUUCUCCUUAUUGCCGGAAACGAAACUUGCCCUCAACCUCAGACUUCGGAGCACUUGGCCGCCAUCGAAAUCAUGAAGCUCAGCCACAUUAUCAUUCUGCAGAACAAGGUGGACUUGAUGAGAGAGGAUGGUGCCCUGCAACAUUACCAGUCGAUUCUGAAGUUCAUCCGUGGUACCGUCGCCGAUGGCUCUCCGAUCAUUCCCAUCUCUGCACAGCUUAAGUACAACAUUGAUGCUGUCAACGAAUACCUGGUUUCGCACAUUCCGGUCCCCGUCCGCGAUUUCACCGCUUCCCCUCACAUGAUUGUCAUUCGUUCCUUCGAUGUGAACAAGCCCGGUGCCGAGAUCGAGGAGCUGAAGGGUGGUGUUGCCGGUGGUUCCAUCUUGACUGGUGUUUUGAAGCAGAACGACGAGAUUGAGAUUCGGCCCGGUCUGGUCACCAAGGACGAGAAUGGCAAGAUUCAGUGCCGUCCCAUCUUCUCUCGGGUCAUGUCCCUCUUUGCCGAGCACAACGACCUUAAGUUUGCCGUCCCUGGUGGUCUGAUUGGUGUCGGUACUCGCGUGGAUCCUACUCUGUGCCGUGCUGAUCGUCUCGUUGGUUUCGUCCUUGGUCACCGUGGACGCCUUCCCGCUAUCUACACCGAGCUGGAAGUUAACUACUUCUUGCUUCGUCGUCUGCUCGGUGUCAAGACCGCCGAUGGCAAGCAGGCCAAGGUUGCCAAGCUUACUAAGAACGAAGUUCUCAUGGUUAACAUUGGUUCUACGGCUACCGGUGCUAAGGUCGUGGGUGUCAAGGCUGAUGCCGCCAAGCUCAGCUUGACCAGCCCUGCUUGUACCGAGGUCGGAGAGAAGAUUGCCAUCAGUCGGAGAAUUGAGAAGCACUGGCGUCUGAUCGGUUGGGCCAACAUUGUCGCUGGUAACACCCUUGAGCCCAUCCUGAACUAA